UUUGCAGAAAUAAUUGUCAGACAGCUAAAAGUCAUCAAUCACGAUGACUAUUUUUUUACUAUCGAGAUGUCAGAAAUUCACGUUCCAGAGAGCAAAAGCAAAAUUAUUAGUAAAGAUGACAGAGACAACCGCCAAAGGGCAUAAAGUGACGAAAAUUAUCGUUUCCUCUCCGAACAUUUACAAACCAGUUGGACCUUACAGUCAAGCAAUUUUAGUGGACAAGACUCUUUACGUGUCUGGGGUACUAGGAUUGGAUCCACAAGCAAAAUUAGUAGAAGGUGGUGCUGAAGCCCAAACCCGUCAGGCUUUAGACAACUUGAGGCAUGUCUUAGAAGCAGGUGGAUCCUCCUUAGAUGCUGUGGUCAAGACAACCAUUCUCCUUGAAAAUAUUGACGACUUCAAAACUGUUAACGAAGUUUAUGGACAAUUUUUCACCAAGGAUUGUCCAGCGCGAGCUACUUUCCAAGUAGGCAAAUUACCUGUCGGCGCGGCUGUAGAGAUUGAAGCCAUAGCACUGAGUGGAGAUUUGACGAUCGCAGAAGCCGGGCCAUGUCCAUGUUCCAAAUAAAUGUACCUGAUAUAGGGCAAAAUAGUGCCAAAAUUUUAUAAGUUGGAUUUCAGUUAUACGUGGUAUGAAGUUUGCACCAUUUUCACGCGUUUACCAAUACAUGUUAGGUAUGACAGCAAUGUUAUGCAAAAAAAAACUGAAAUGCGAGUCGGACUCGCAUCCAAAGGCUUCCGUACCAUCGUACAAGAUAUUUUAUACUG